AUGGCAGGCAUCCAGGUCGCAGUGCUGUGCCUGCUGCUGGCUGUGCAGCUGCAGCUGGUGGAGCCACGGGCGCUGCGGAUCAGGUCGCGGCUUCACGGCUGCAUCAUCGGCGGCUCCGAAGCCAGCAUCACCAACUACCCGUGGACUCUGGCCCUGCUGUACGGCGGCUACCAGCAGUGCGGCGCCUCCAUAAUCGGAACCGAGUGGGCUCUCACGGCCGCCCAUUGCGUCAUCAAUUACAGAGCGCCGUACCAGGCGCUGUACACCGUGCGCGCCGGAUCCUCCAGCCGUAUCAGCGGCGGCACAGUGUUGGACGUGGCCGAGGUCUACGAACAACAGCUUCUCUGGUGA